AUCUACCAACGGUGCAAACGUCACCCGUAAACCAAUACCAAAUCCGACAAUCCCUUCAGGCUGCCGUAAUUCAAAAUUCCAUGUGACAGGACCGCAACGAAACUCGCCAUCCAACAGCAAAACCAACCACUUCCGUUGAACCGUCGUAAACAACACAGCGAAAAAUCUCUGAAAAAGACCGAAUUCAAAGGACUUAACCUGCCUCUUCAUGAUUAAUUUACCUCAGCAUCUGCCGUUUGUGUCGUCGAUUAUGCCAAGCCAGAACCUACCGAUACAACAGACGAGCCAGAAUUUCCCGAUAACGUACCAACAACCGCAAACGGUCACCCAACAAAUGCAAACCACUCCUUCCGUUGCUUAUACAACCAAUCCGCAAGGUAUUUCGCUAGUGUUGCAAGACUUAUUAACAGUUCGUACUAUCGACACCGUUCGUCCGUUAACUGGACAAAUUAUCAAUACAGAUUCCUUCAAGCCGUUCUACCAACUCCAUCAAGCGGACGUAUUCCUGGCGAAUCAUCAGUACCAGCCAAAUCUGCAACCUCCAAGAAACACGUACCCGUCGUCGUUUCAACCAGUCCUUGUGCAAACGCAACCCAACUACGGUAGCCUGCCUCAAAACAUCCUCGACCAGAUUCGUAGCUGCGUUAGCAGCGCAGCGCCGAUAUUUAUCCUGCCAGGUGGUUGUCAUCGACAAACCGGUGCAAGCAAUUUAAACGAAGGCGUAGCGCAACACAGCACAGGACAGUCGACAAAUGUGAAUCCCUUCGCGUCCAUCCACUGUCCACCCUCGUUCUAUCCUUAUCCGGUGCCUAUGCCGGUGUUGGAGCCAUUCGGAGUUCAAACUCGAGGCAAAGACGGUUCUCGCGGUUGUUCCUCGUGCUGUCAGAGGAAGCAACGCGGCUUGGAUGGCAAGGAAUAUGCUGUGGGAUGUUGCUGCGACGUUCACGAACAAGAGGAGCAUCGUUGCACGGCUACGAACGGCGAUACUAUUUGCUCGAAACGAGAUUGUCCAGCUUCCAUAAGUUUGCAGGCGUUGGCGUCGCAAUUUCUCUCGCUGCCAGGAAUUAUUUCUUGCGCUGCUACUAGGUUAAUUUUAAGAAAAAUACCUGGAUCGAAUAUAACCGGUAGCACGGAGGACACGAUGGAUAAGGCGAUCAAGUGCCUGGAGACGCUGAACAAGGAGCAGCUGCUGGCCGAGUGCAGAAACGCGCAGCAUGCGAACGCGCUCAUCAACCUUCACAUGACUACCAAUCCUCCGGUGAAUAUUAUUCCGCUGUUUACGUUGCUGCAACUCAAGGUGAACGUCUUGAAGGCGCAAGUGGAGAAUUUGAUUAAUAAGAAGGUGACAGAGUGUCAAGGAUUUGGAUUCGAGGUAGAGACCAGCGGCCCCAUAGAUCCGACCGUGCUGUCGAUGAAGACGAACGCCGAGCUGCGUCAACUGUUAUCAGCUUUGCGGCAAAAAGAAUGCGACGAGAGGGUGAACGUCAACUUCUCGCCCUACCAUUCUCAGAAGGUGAUCGCCGAGUGCCGUCUGAACAACGUUCAGGCGAAAAUUCGCCAAGUAGAGACGGAGUUCGACAGGAGAAGAGACAUCUCGGUACCCGGUCCGACUCUCACUUCCAGAAUUAUCCGACAGUUUUCUGAAUCUACGUGCGCGUUUGGCUUCGCCCAGGCGGGACUGUUCGAGCCUUACGUGCAGGCAAGAAUGUCAGACUCGCCAGAUCCGUUUGCACGAAACCCGAGGAGGCUCGCGUUGAAACCUCACGAGCCUGGACAGAGAACUGUCCAGUGGAAGGAAGAAGAUAAGGCCGUUGCUACGUCUGAGAAUGGAACGACCACGUGCAGAGACGCGGAAACGGGCGAAGAUUGCGUUGCUCGUUCGAAGGAAAAGGGAGUGGAAUCAAAAUCCAGCGAGGACACUUGCAGCUGCGAAGAAAGUUCCUCGCAAGAGAGUCUCGAUGAGGGUAAAAAAAAACUUGGCUUAAGAAUCGAUCGGCAUGGAAACGUGAUCGUAAGUAGCGCGUGCUGUUCGGAAGGCGUGCCCUUGUUCAAACUUGCAUCGCGUAUUGUCGAGAAAAUGAAGCAGAAGAACGAAGGAGAAAGAGUAAAGGGAGAAGGGCGUGAGUCGAGAGACGAGGAAGAAGAUUCUGUGAUAGAGUUUCGUAUCAAGGAGAUUGGCGUCGACGGUAAAGAGUUUGAGAUAAUUACGAUUGACGAUGACGACGAGGAUACGAAAAGUAAGACGUUCGAUGGUGGAAAAGCGAGUAUUAAGAAGGAGCGUGAAAGUGAUACGGAUGUUGGAGAGAAGGUGGGCGUCGGGAUAGAAACCGGUACUUUGAGAAAGACAGAUAUCGAAGAAAACUCUGAAGGGAUAGAAGCUUCCGUUGACGCAGGCUUUCCAAUAAAGCAAGAGACCGAAAGUAUAGAAAGAAUGAUAGAUUCUGAUUACAAAGACAUUAAGGAAGAACCGGCGGAGAAGGGCGAAAGCGAUCAGAAGCGUUCUACGACGACAGCUGGCGUGGAACCAAAAAAGGAGACGGUAGUCUGGGAAUCAGAUGCGAAAGUAAAAGCAAAAGCUAAGGAUUACGUCCUGGUAACUGAGAAAGAAAUCGUUCGAAAGCCUGACAACAUCGAAUCGCUGGGUGUUACGUCUUCGUCCAAAGAAACAGCAGAUGACGAAAAAGAAGAUGACAGAGCGUUAAAAGAGGAACCAAUCGUUGAGAAUGCACCGAUACACCAAGAAACCGUAAAUCAGACGGUUGCAAACAGGCAACCGUCGCGAAAGUCGUCUUCCGAUUUGUAUAAAACGUUAAACUACACCGUUAUAGCGAAGCCAGUGAGCCCAAAUAAACAGCGAAAGGAACUUGAAUGCGUUUCGAAUAAAAACGAGAUCGAUUCCGAAUCGCAGAAAAAAGAUAGAAAAAGGAAAAAUAUACAGAUCGUCUCCAUGAUGACUCGUGUUAAAUACAAUAAGCAAUUUGUAGAUUUCUGGGGAUGGAAGAAUGCGAAUGAAAGACAGAUAGAACGUGAUUCCUCGAAGAGUGUUGACAAAGAAAAUGAGAAUGACGAGGAUGAUAGAUGUCUUCUUUCGAAGAAAGAACAUUCUUCUGUGACACGCAGCGACGAACAACGCGAAUUAAUAUCGAUGAUUUCUACGAGCAGCGAAACCAACGAUGACAUUGAAAAGAAUACGCUCGCGGAAAAGAUGUUCCCAAAGAGUGGUCGAAUGAAUGGCGAGAAGAUGACAAAUGGGCUGAGACGUUUUCCACCGCUGAAGCAUACAUAUUCAAACGCAGCAGGAACAACAACAGCCGAGAUCUCGGAAAAUCUACUUCGUCGAAAAGAGAUUGAGUCAAACUGCUCGAGGAUCGUUUGCGAUAGAAGUAGCUCUUAUCAUUGCAGUUCGAAAAUGGAAAAUGGCAUUGUCUCCGUGAUAUAUUCCAUGAUGGAAAGUCGGUUUGUUUUCUUGAACUCGUUGCUCGGCAAUAUAGCGAAUUUCCAAGGCGUCCUCUCCAAUUUCCAUCUCGACAAACCGUUCAACGAUUCUCACGACGAAGAUAAUUUAAAUUCGAAUCGAGACGACGCAAAGAAUAAAAGGCUAAAAUCGCAGAAAAACAAUCGGAUUGCACUUCCGCCGAAUACGAGCGCUUACAACGGUGGUGAGCACGAUGUUUCCGGCGGAAAUCGUGUUUCCGUUGGCGAACAGUGUAUUAACGUGCACGAAACGAGACAUUCGAUAAUCGUGGACAGAGAAAAGAACGAUUAUCUGCUGAUUGGCGGUUCUAUUAGCGGUCAAUCUCGAGAAUUAUCGAGAAACGGUUUCAAACGACCAUAUCAUACACGCAGAAACAUACUGAUAAGAAGUCGACUGAAAAGUUCGGGAAAUUCGAGACACGAAUAUCUGCGUCCUUUCACGAUCUUCAAAAGAUUGAAGGGAAAUAAAAUAGUUGCGUCUCAGACAGGUUCGCAAAUGCAACAUCGACCAAAAGCUAGACAAAGAUUUUUAGCUUUGCCUGGAAUACCCGAGGAUGUGGAGACGUUAAGCAACGGUAAACAGGCUAAUGCAUUUGUAACGAUGAAUAACGCAUCUGAGAACGUAAUAACGCAGCAGAAUAGUAAACGUAAUAAUUGCGACGCUGUAACUGAUUGCUCCGCUCUUUCCAUUGAUCGUUGCUCGACAGAGAAGCAUCAGGUAAUUAACGAUUCUCUCAAUGGGAUGGUAGUAAAUGAAGAGAUAUAGUUUGAAUGAAUAUCACGAUUUUAUUAGCGUUUGGCAGUAAAGUAUAACGUUGGAGAUUAAAUGGAGAAAUAAUGACAUAAGAACAAACGAAUAUCGUAUAGAUUUACUUUUGUGCGAAAUGAAAUUUUCUUCCAACUAGCAUCUCCCUUCUUUGAAAGUUGUACUUCUCCGGAACAUCGUACAAAUGCUCUCUAAUCGUUUGGUGUCUUUGGAAGACCCAAUCGUAUCGAUAAGCUUUACGUAUCAGUGUACACACAAUAUAUAAAUGAUCCUCUUAAAGAGAAAAAGAAAAACAUUGUGAAUAGGCGAAUAUACACGUUUGUCUCGUAAUUGGAAAUAAUUGUAACCAGUGAGCGAAUACAGUACACCUUCUUUCGUUUUAUUAAUCGCUAAUUUGCUUCGUUUAACGGCUGUUAUCUCUGAUCGAUGAACCACAGUUUAUAACUGUGGUCAACUGUCUACUGAGAAUCUUUAAAAUCGGUAAUGUAUACUUUGUAACAACGCGGCCAUACAGGUCAAACGCUCUUCUACACCCUCAAAAUCAUACGGGUCGAAUUUUUUUGGAGGCCAGAAUGAAAACUUUCUUAAUGUAAAUUCAUUUCACGUGCACUGCCAUGCACGUGCAUUGUCACAGUCAUCCACGUCAACGCAAAGGCAUUCAGUUCUUCAGACAUUUCAGAUUCAAAUACAUCCGUGCAUUGUAAACUAUAGUCUGUCCAAGAUCAAUUGGUUGAUCAAGAUCAUUGAAGAAAGAGAAACCCCACACCGUAUCCAAAUCCCAAUAUAACGCUGAUUCUGUUCUUCGUUUCUCGUCUUAAAGACAUAAAUAUAGAAACACGUGAACUUACAUUUUGUCUUAAAAAAAUAAAAAAAAAAAAAGAAAGAAAAAUCGAAGCAUUUGAUAGCUUUAGAAAAAAAGAAUACUUCGCUUGUUAGUUUAUCCAGAGUCAAGGAUGUAACUUUGAAUAAUCAAUAAAUUUUGGACAAACUUUAGCGAACUCAUCCGAAUCAUGAAUAUCGUAUAAUUUGUUAUUCAAUAUGUAUAUAUAUAUUAAAUUUCUUACAAACUAACAAACUUAUCAUAAGUAAAAAAUUAACGAAUCUAACACACUGGUCGCACUCAUAAAAGCUUAAUGCUGAUCUGUAACAAAAUCUCGCUUAUAUGUUAAAUUACACAGGAUAAUUAUGAAGUAACGUUUGUCACACCACACUGUAAAUACGAUGCGGCUUAAAAAAGAUAUAACAAAAUGUAGGGUUUCGAUAUUCAACGUAGAAACGUGGGAAAUGCCAAAGCAAGGGGUGACAUUCGAUAUGGAUUACGUUGGAUGUGAAAUAUGCAUCCAUGAAUGUCUUCAUAGUCGCAAAUAGAGGUCGACAAAUGUA